CGUGUGGCCCGUCUGCGCACUGCGACGUCUCUGACAUCUCGCGUUGUCUGCUGCUGGCCCGGAACAGCUGUACAGUCCCUACAGUCCCCGAUAAUCGCUGGCAGGCCGGUAUUUAUCACAGUUCGAUAACGACAGCAGUUUCCGUCCCGGAUCUCUCACGCUAUAGGGCGACGCCAUGUGCGGAGGCUGUGUGCAGCAGGAGUACCCGGACCGGGGUAAUACCUGUCUGGAGACGGGCUCCUUCUUGCUGAAUUACGUCAGUUGUGCCAAGUGCAGUACACGGGAUUUUGUGCUCAUCGCCAAUAGAACGACAGAUGAGGAGGAUGGAGAAGAGAUCAUUACAUUUGAUCACAUGUGCAAAAACUGUCACCAUGUGAUCGCAAAGCAUGAGUAUACCUUCAGCGUGGUGGAUGAGUAUCAGGAGUACACUAUGCUCUGCAUGCUGUGUGGCAGAGCGGAAGACUCUGUCAGCGUUCUGCCGGAUGACCCACGACAGAUGGCUCCUCUCUUCUAGACCUAUUAUUAUAUCGCCAUUGUUUUAUAUUCGUUUUCCUAUAUUUGUAUUUUUUCUUUCUUUCCGACAUAAAAUAUAAGUAAAAGUUGAGCUUGAACCAA